GAUGGUGCUGAAAGAGGAGAGUCAAGAACUAAAUGAAAUGGAAGAGAAAAAUCAAUAUAAGAAUCAACAUGAUUUUAUAACUGGAGAAAAAUCAUUUAGUUGCUCACAGACUGAAAUAACUUCAGGAAAAAUGGAUCAAAAGACAGGAAGGAGUAGUUAUUGCACCUGCCAACAGUGUGGAAAGUGUUUCAGUAAAACGGGUAUUAAAAGACACAUGAGAGUUCACACAGGAGAGAAGCCUUACAUAUGCCAACAGUGUGGAAAGUGUUUCAAUCAAAAAGUAACUCUUAAAAACCACAUUAGAAUUCACACUGGAGAGAGGCCUUACAUAUGCCCUCAGUGUGGAAAGAGUUUCACUCAUCCUGGAAACCUUGGAGGCCACAUGAGAGUUCACACAGGAGAGAAGCCUUUCACCUGCCAACACUGUGGAAAGCGUUUCAGUCAAAAAUCAACUCUUAAAAGACAUAUUAGAAUUCACACUGGAGAGAGGCCUUACGUAUGCCUUCAGUGUGGAAAGAGUUUCACUCAUCCUGGAAACCUUGGAGGCCACAUGAGAGUUCACACAGGAGAGAGGCCUUUCACCUGCCAACAGUGUGGAAGAAGUUUCAACCGGAAAAGAAAUCUUAAUUCCCACAUGACAGUUCACACUGGAGAGAGCCUUUUCACCUGCCAACAGUGUGGAAUAAGUUUCACUCAAAAAGGAAGCCUUAACAGACACAUGAGAAUUCACAAUGAAGAGCAGCCUUACACAUGUGAUCAGUGUGGAGAGAGUUUUGAUCAACAUGGAAACCUUGAGGUCCACAUGAGAACUCAUAGAAAGAAACCCUACACAUGCCCUCAGUGUGGAAAGAGUCUCGGUCAAAAACGACACUUUAAAGACCACAUGAGAAUUCACUCUGGAGAGCAACCCUACACGUGCCCUCAGUGCGGAAAGAGUUUCAAUUAUAAACAACACUUUGAAGACCACAUGAGAACUCACACUGGAGAGAAGCCUUUCACCUGCCAACAGUGUGGAAAAUGUUUUAACCGGAAAGGAAACCUUAACAGGCACAUGAAAGGUCACACUGGAGAGAAGCCGUUUAUAUGUGGUCACUGCGGAAAGAGUUUCAGACAUAAAGCAGCCCUUAAGUACCACAUGAGUUUUCACAUAUGAAAGAACUGCUUUUUAUGUCAUCAGUGUGGAACUGGAAAGUUACACAGACAGGAAACAUCUUAGGAAUCAUGUAAUCACACCAGAGAGAAGCCUGUACUGUGCCUCACUGUAGAAAGACUUGCAGAAACAAUGAAACCUUUAGGUUCCCAGAAGCACCCCUGAUAUAGUUCAAAAUACCCGAGCAGUCUCUUUUGUCCACUUUCAACCACUCUGUCCACAUUUUUUUCAAGGGUGGGGGUCAAUGGGCAGGUAAAUGCAUGGGAUUUUCUUUAAUCUUUUGAUCAAAUGGAUAAAAUAUAUUCACACAAUUUACACAUAAAUGUGAAAUGAGACAAUGUAAAAAGAUAUGGACAGCUGCAGCUUUUGUUUCUGCUGAUAGCUGCAAAAACUAAUAGCCUCAAAACCACACCAAAUGCUGUGGAUGAAAUGGAAGUUAAAAGUGAGGAUCGGUGGAGAACAUUGUGCUUGGUAGGUUUUUUCAUCUUCAAACCACACUUACAACUUCAGCUGACAAAGUUUGUAUCCCAUCUGGAAAGAUGCUUCCCGUUAUGUUUACGCAUUAGAUCAGUGGGCGGAGAGUAGGCCGUCUUUUGUGGCUGUUUGAAUACAUUUGACCAGAUGAGUGUUUAAAUCACAAAAGCAAUCCGGUCAAAUGCGUUUUCCACUACCUCUGGAAGUUGUUGGAAGUGGACAAGCUCAAACGUUUGCACCUGUAUUUCGAGUUCUCUAUUUACGAUCAGAUCUUAAGUCCAGGUGUAAACUUGGUUAAUGUAAAUAUUUGCUGCAUGUUUUCCUUUCAUUAACAAAGUAAAUGAGGUGAUAAAAUGGCGUUUGUGAAAGCAUCUGAUCCGAGCAUUGUGGAUAUUGUAACAUUGUUACCCUGAUUUAUUUUAAUGGGGUAAUUUUAAUGGGUUAAUAUUGUCAGCUAUUUU